CCCCGGGUCACAUGGUCCCGUUUUCAGCCGCGUGCAGGAAGGCGCGCGUCCCAGUUUCGUUCCUAGCGAUGAGGGAGGGAGAGCAAAACCAGGCCGAGUGGCAAACUGCGGUUCAGACUUAUGCAGAUAGAGCCAGAGAUCGUUGAAGAGCUGCGUUUAUUCUUUCACUGACAUUGCUUUAGGAUAUGUGGUCCACACUACAAAGAAACUUGCUUCGUUACAAAUAAAACCUUUGCUACAGCGUAUCAACCUCGGUUACACAUAUUUGACUGUUUUCGAACGCAAAUAAAGCCAAAAUUAUAUCGUUGUAACCAAGAACAUAUUUUAAGGGUAGACCGGCAUUUUGCUAAUAAACCUUAUCAGAAGGGAAAUAAACCUUUCCGAAGUGGGUUUCGAUUUUCAACGAUAUCUGCAUGACUCUUUUGGAACUCAGGAUGACAACGGCAAUGGACACAAAUAAUAACAAUACGGGGGGUGUAAUCUCCUACAUCGGCUCCAGCAGCUGCUCUCCCUGUCGGACUAGCCCGGUCUCCAUGUACAGUGAGAACUCCUUUGGGGCCUCCUUCCCGCCCUCCCCCAAUGGCUUCCAGGGGUAUCAGAGCUCUUCCAACCCCUAUCCCAGCAGUGGGAGCUCCAGCUCGGGCUCCUCUAAUGGUGAUGACGGCAACUCCUCUUCUGGUUCUGGAGGAUCUCCAAGACCCAGGGGUCGUAGCGAGGACAGUGUCUCACGCUGCUCUCCCAGCAAGUCUGUGGCAAACCUUACCAAACUGAACGGGAUGGUGCUGCUGUGUAAAGUGUGCGGAGACGUGGCCUCGGGGUUCCACUAUGGAGUCCACGCAUGCGAGGGCUGCAAGGGGUUCUUUCGGCGCAGUAUUCAGCAGAACAUCCAGUACAAAAAGUGCCUGAAGAACGAGACCUGCACAAUCAUGAGGAUCAACCGAAAUCGCUGCCAGCAGUGUCGGUUCAGGAAGUGUCUGUCUGUGGGCAUGUCCCGUGACGCUGUUCGCUUUGGCAGAAUACCUAAGCGUGAAAAGCAGCGCAUGCUCGCUGAAAUGCAGAGCGCCAUGAAUAACAUGAACAACAUGCAGAAUGAGUUCCAGUUGGCCAGCCUGACCCACAACUCUCCCCCCUCUCCACCCUCCUCCUCCUCGCCCUGCCCGGGUCAGACCGUGGCACCUCAGCCUAUGCCCGCGGCCCCUCCACCUUCUCCUCCAGCCCAGUCCCCGGCGUCCCCUCUGCCCCCGCCGUCCACCCGAAGCCCACCCCUGUUGGCCAGCUCUCCGCCACUGUGCCCCAGCCCCGGGGUGGACUGCACCAUAACGGCCAUCGCCCGGGCGCACCACGAGACCUUCGUCUACGCCCACAACAAACCUGGCGAGCCUAGGCAGCAGCGUAACGGAGAGGCGGACAACCGGGGCUCCAACCAAUGUCCCGCCGGCUACCACCAGAACGGUGUGAACACAAUCUUCCACCACAACAACAAUGUGGCCGUCCGUGACCACGGCAUCCAGGCCACGCCCGACAGCCAACACCCAAGCAAUGGCAGGUGCUUCCACAACAGCAACCUGUUUGCGAGCCACCAAGGCAGUGAGACCACCAGCUUCCCCCGGAGGCAGAACUGCUCGUGGAAAAACCACAAGGACAUCCUGCUGGCAUGCCCAAUGAAUAUGUGUCCCCAAGCUGACCCCAACAAGACACCCCAGGAUAUCUGGGAGGACUUCUCGCUCAGCUUCACCCCGGCCGUGCGCGAGGUAGUGGAGUUCGCUAAGCACAUCCCAGGGUUCAGCGAACUCAGCGAGAAUGACCAGGUCACUCUGCUCAAAGCCGGCACAUUUGAGGUGUUGAUGGUGCGCUUCGCCUCCCUCUUUAACGUGAAGGAACAGACUGUCACUUUUAUCUCCGGCACCACCUACAGCCGGGAUGCCCUGAGGGCCAUGGGCAUGGGAGGCUUGCUGGGAACCAUGUUUGAGUUCAGCGAGAAGCUCAGUGCCCUGGAGCUCACAGCGGAGGAGCUGGGCCUCUUCACCGCAGUGGUGCUGGUUUCUGCAGAUCGCUCAGGCAUUGAGAACGUCAACUCGGUGGAGCUGCUUCAGGAGUCCCUGAUUCGGGCGCUACGUACACUGGUUGGCAAGAGCAGCCCCUGCGACUCCUCCCGCUUCACCAAACUGCUACUCAAGAUGCCCGACCUGCGCACCCUGAACAAUUUGCACUCGGAGAAGCUACUGUCCUUCCGUAUCGACGCGUGAGGAAGUCACCACGGAACACCGGAGAACCGUCAGGCCUCAACGUCCGUCUACACCUCACAGAUUGGUGGUUGGGCUAGGGGCUGGGGCAAGUUAGGGGAGGUGCCCUGUUCAGGGACACCCGCCUCCAGAUUUGCGCCAAUGUGUGCAUCAGUCUUUGGCACUGCCGAGAGACACAGUUGACAGCCGAAAGGGGUGGGGCCCACAGACCAAUGGGGACGAGACAACGCCGCUCGCCAGACAAUAGGGAAGGGUAAGGGCCAGCCACCAACCACAGGAGGGCCACUAGAGACAAGUCCCACGGCCCCCUCUGCACCAGUUGGACUGAUGGGCCAGAGACCAUAUGUUGGUUGAACUGAACCAAAACCAGCAUGGGGCUUUACAGCCCCACAUUCCCAGCUAAGCCUGGGGGAUCUUCAAACAGGCUGCUGUAUGCAUAUUAAACCAUCCUGUUUUAACAUGUAAAUAAUCUGUCAUUCAUGUGCAGUGUUUCUACACUUGAUUCCUAAUACAAACCGAGUUUGUACACAUGUAAAUGUCUUCAAAUGUCAAUACUUGAAAUGUAUGGGAAAAGUAUAUUUUUUGUUAUGAUGAAAUAAAUUGCAAAGUUAGAAAUGUGACAGCAUAAAUGUAUGACAUUUAAAUUGAGCGUGCGCAUAUGAAAAACAAUAUCCAGAACUGCAUUUAAAAAAUGUUUUGCAUUACAGAGGCAUUAUAAACCGAACAUAUUUAAA